AUGCUGUCCGGCGCAGCCAUGCGCAGGCUCUCCCUGCUCCUGGCGCCCGCGCUCCUGGUCUGCGUUCUCGCCGCCGCCUUCUUCCUCCCGCACGUCGCGCCCGGCAGGUCCUCCGCCGCGCUCGAGGCAGGCGUGGCCGCCAAGGGAGACGGCCAUGCAGUGCAGGAGUUCCUCAAGGCAAAGAAGUCGUGGGCGGGCGUGGUGAUGGACAACAUCGGGGUGUUCUCCGGCUUGAAGAUCCAGCAGGGCUUCCCCAAGGCGGCUUUCUGGGAGCGAAAGUGCCCAAUCCACGUCCUCGAGCAUGGCACGAAAUCCGACGCCGAGGUGUAUUCGGCAGCGUACAACGAGUGCACCGGGAUCUCUGACGUCGUGUACUAUCAGGUAUAUGCCGAUCGCUUCAAGAAAGGGGGUGGGCGAGGUGCUGGUUGGAGUAACGACGCAGAGUUGGUCGACCUCAUGACUGAAUUGGGCAAGAAGCCCACCGAGUAUGCAACUGUUGUUGACUACCAGGGUUGCGGCCUUUUUGGACUGGAUCGUGGGCACCAGGCGCCAGUCGCCAGCUUCAAUUCCGACGAGGAAGCGGCCAGUAUGACCAACACACCGACCAAUCUCUCCCCGCAGAACGGCUACCUCAACCAGCAAGUGUGGAAGUUUGUGGAGAUGGAGAUGAGGUUCAAGAGUGAAGCAGCCGAGGAUGUGGACGACGGAGAUCCGACUAGUUUCGAGCUGCUUACUGGUCCCCUUUACGAGUUGCCGGAUGCUUUCUUCAAGAACGAGCGUGGGGCGGAGUUGUGGGAGGAAAUGUUGUGGAGCGGCGGCGACGUGAACCUUAAUGGCGAGCCUUGGUGCGAUAUAGAGGAGGGGGACGAUGGUUUCCGUUCAACGCCGUUGCUAAACCCCAACGGCAAGGAGCGCGAUGAGAAGAUCACAUGCCACGUAGGCCGGACCAUGAUGGACAAACCGUCCGACAAUCCCAACAAGGUCAGUAUCCAUUACCAGCGGGGCAAGAAGAAGUUCCCGCUGCGCAUCCCACUGGGCUACUACAAGUUGGCCGUCCUCAGUGACGAAAGCGCACAUGGCCGCCACAUGUGCCCGUACAUCAUGGACCAGACCGGGCAGUGCAUGUUGGUGAGCUUGGACGUGUUACUCAAAAUAGGCCACCUCGAUUUGGAAGAUUCGGAGCUUGCCAGCGAGGGUGGGUUGGACAUCCAGCCCACAGACUCUGAUCACGAGUACUCCGCCGAGGUGGAUUUCGACUUCUGCUUCCGCAAGGGCGGCACGAUCGACAAGAAGAAGCUCUGCGGCGACGCCAGCACCAAGAGCAGUAUCACGGUGUCGACAAUGGACAGCUACUGGCGGGCGCGCGAGGAGGCGUCGCGCUAA